AUGACCACAGCCGCCCCCCAAUUCCACCAAUUCCCCUUCCUACCUCCAGAACUCCGCACCAUGAUAUGGAAAGAAGCCCUCCCACAACAAGACGCACCGGCCCUAUACCCGUGGAAAACGGGAUACUGGCAACCACGCCCUCUCCAGAAGUCAGACAAAGCGUGGGGGCGGCACGAGGAUGUGCACCUGUUUCUUGAAUUCCGGCAUGAUCUAUUCGACCAUGUCCAGGUUGAUAUACCACUGUUUUUCGUGUGUCAGGAGGCGCGCGAGGUUGCGUUGGAUUGGAUACGGAAGCAGGGUAUCCAUAUCCAUAUGCACACCCAUACCCAUACCCAUACCGAUCCCCAAAGCAAGGAAGAUUCCAGCCAUGGCAAUGAGGAUCACAAGGACAGAGAUAAAGAGAGCCCAGGCUACGAUGAUGACCAUGGCUACAUCUUCACCCGCCCCUUUAACGAACUAACAGACGCGCUCUACAUCCCUGUGGACAAGAUGGCAGAUUUCUACAACGACCCAAUCCACCGGCUCACUGAGCCGGAUCUGAUAGGGCAGAAAGCUUGUGUCGCCCCCGACAUUGCCCGGAUUGCAAUUCCCGCGGACCUUUUUCUAUAUGGUGAUGUUUCGACAAUACCGGAGCUGCUGAAGUGGUAUACUGUUCUGGAUGUGCUGUUUGUUGUGGUGAACCCGCAGCCUUAUUGGGUGGAUACAGAUGCAAAUGCAGAUGCAGGCUCUGAUAUGCAGCAGGUGCAGGAGGAGCAGUGGGAGGCUGAGAAGGUUGAGGGAGAGGAGAAUGGGACGGGGAUGACAUUUUUGUAUGAUCAUAGACGCAAACGGUUUGAUUUGUGUGAUGGGGGUGGCGAAGUGGUUGGUGAUGAGGCGUUGUAUGAGCGGAUACAAGAGGCAGGGAAAUAUCUCACUCAGAUUGCCGCUAAAAAGAAGAACGGUAGAUUUGAGAUUCGGCCUGUUCUUGCUGCGAGGAAAUGA